UGAAUUCUCUCCUCUGUAAUGCUUCUAUUAAUUUCCUGAAGAAAAAAAUCCUAACCAUGUUUCAAGCGCACUGAAUGAACGAAGAUCUUCUACAUGACGUUGAACAUACUAACGCUCAUAAGUCUGUAGAAUUGGUGGUUGUUACGACCUUCUGGAAACACGUACAAACACAAUCACCAAGUGAUUCAAGAUGCAUUUUGGAAUGAUCGCUACAGUUUCCGUAUCCAAUAUUCUGACUCUCAUUACUGGUUUAUUUAUUUAGCCACCCCAACCUUCCUAAAUUUUCUUUUUCUCUUCCUUCACUCCCCCAUUUUCAGACGAUCCCCAUGGGUAGCGUCACGAAAGGAAUGCCACAGACGGUGGUACGAUCGACGCACCAUACAAUCGCACUGGGGGAGCGAUUUUCUCUCGAUGCUCUUCCUCUUAGAAAAGGAGGAAAGGUGAACGGCUCUCGGUUUUGCGAUAUGCCAUUUCUUUCACAGUCACCGCAUGCCUUCGCCUUUAUAACGUGUGCACCUACCGGCUCGUCGCUUGUGGCAGCAUUCAAGUCUUCUGUACGGUGCUAUCUAACCGUAGCGUCUGGUGCCAUCUCACCCUCGCGGAACCAAACGCGAAUGGUUCCCGCCGGUCACACGUUCGUGCGGAAGCCGGUUCGGUUUCGUUCGCGGGCAGCGAGAGCACCGUUUGGAAAUUUAUAAAAGAAGAUCCUCCCCUGGUCUGGCUGUUUAGUUUCGCAAUGAAAGUGGAAAAACGCAGACAGUGCAGCACCGCGUUAGCUCUCGUGUGAAGCGAUUCGACCGUGUAGUCUUUUGGAAACGGAACGGCAAGUGGAACCGGAACUGUGUCCGGGCACAGUGUGAAAAUAGGUGAAAAACAAACUUCAACCAUUCACGGCUUGGAAAUUUGUUUUUGUUGUUCGUACCAGUACUACGAUCGCUGAUGAUCGGCGAAAACACAGUGUAAGAAAAAUUAAUGUGUGAACAACUGAUACGGUGAUAACUUGACGGUGAAACAAACCAGUCAAAAUUUCAAGUGGAACAGUUGUGAUUGCAAGAAAAUAAAAUUGCAUUGAAGAACAAAAUAUACGUCAGUUUUCAAGGAGCCAAAAGUGGCAAUAAUUAUACACACUAGAACUAUCAUCGAUUGACGCAUGCUACAGUAUGGCUUGCUGGCGGCAGCUGUUGCUAUUGCUCUUCGCAGUACUGGUUGUGGCAGAAGAUGCUAGCAAGGGUACCAACAAUGGCGAAGAACAAGAUACAUCCAUUGAACAUCUUCCCCUACCCGCAGCAUUACAUCGCCAGAAGCGUCAUGAGGUGGAAAUUCAUCGGGUUAUAAAGCGACGACCAAAGCUACCGCCUCCGCCACGUGGUCGCAAACCCAGACCACCACGCCGACCUGGCUCGAAGCCACGAGUCAAAUACGGACCACCCAAUGUAAACUAUCCUCCAAUUUCGCACUACGUUCCGCAGUCGAUCGACGAUCCGUACAGUUCCGGAUUCGAGGCUUCCUUUGGCGAUCAUCACGGAUCGUUCGGAGAACCACCGGCGGGCUAUGGUGCACCAAUACACCCGUCGCCCACAUUCGGAUCGCCACCCUUUGCGUACGGUCAAACGAUCACUAGUUACGAAGGUUCCACAUACGGGAAGCCGUCCAGCUACGAAGGAUCACCAUCGUUCGGCAAGCACAACUACCAAGGAAGUUCUUCCUCUUCAGCUUCGUUUGGCAAACCAAACUUCGAGAUAUCUAAUUUUGAUGGUGGAUUUUCGAAAGUAAAUUUUGGAAACGGACCCAGUACGUUCGACACAAAAGUACCUUCGUUCUUGGAUUCAUCGAACAGCUUCGACAGUUUCCCUGGUGGCAAACAUUCGCACAACAUUGGAGGAUAUUCUCACAGCUAUUCACACUCGAGCAAUAAACAACCCUCGUUUGCAGAUUCUACUGCAAUAAACACUUACACCACACCGUCGGGGAAAGGUAACUUCUACACCGACACCUCCAGCAGCUUUGGCGAUAUUGGAUCUAAGCAUCAGCUGCCACUGGAAAAGUAUCGCAAAGAUCCCUACAAGACACCGGUCACAUCAUACGAAGUUCCAUCGAACUCCAAGUCAAACUUAUUCGAACCUUCUGGCGAUUUUGAAACGACCUACAAACGAUCGCCGCACAAUGGUGGCAUUAGCUCAACGCACUCCACCUCUCAUAGUACCGUUGGCAAUAGUGAGGAAGAUUACAUACCGAGCCUGCCGACACGGUACGAUCAGGAACAGUUCCAUACGCCCACAAAAACAAACCCUAACAAACCUCCGAUUAGCACGCUUCAGACGAUCAAUGGUGCCGAUGACCAUUUCACCUCCUUCUCUUCAUACUACGACGGUGGCUCGGAAUCACAGAAGAUCCCGGUUAAGAGUAAACAACCUUCACCGUAUGGACAGGAUUCAUCUGACGAACAGUUCCACACUGCACCUGGCGGCGAUAAACGGAUAAAGAAUCGUCGUAAGAAGAAGCCCAAGCUGCCAAGCUCAACAAUUGCCCACAAUCUCGACACGGAUGAUCUGCGCGAUGCCUUCGGAUCGAGUUCCGAUUUCCACCAGGUGGCAAUAGAUGCGGACGAGUUUCUAGAUUUUGAACCGAAGAAACAGAUUAAACAUUCCAAACCGGCCGGUGUAACAUUCCCACGCGCCGAAGAAACGCUACCAGCUAAUUAUGUACUGCUUUCGUCACAAAACCAGGGUAGCGCCGCGACAAAGGGUCGUGAAUCAAACAACCAACGAUCACCUCCCUCCACGUCUAUUUCCACUAGCAAAUCGGUUGAAUAUGAUACGAAAAAGUUGAAUCUAAACAAUUACUUUCAAGGUAACCAUGCACCAAACCAGGCACACCGGCCAUCGAAACCGAUUGGGCUAGAUGAUUUGAAUAUACUGUCGAUUCAAAAGUCUAACUCACAUAGCUACUAUGCCGGUUCGACCCAAGCAGGAAGCGCUGGUGGUGAUAGACCUGGCAGUGGAUUCUUGCCGACUAGAAGAAGAGACAUGCAGCACUAUCGUAGUGCCACUAGUAGCCUCGAUUACACCAUGCUUGACGAUGAUGAUGAAGAAAAUUAUGACGACAUCAGUGACAUUGGAACGCGUUCGCGUGGGAACCGCAAGAAAAAAGAUCUGUCGGAAACGACGGUAUCCGUCUAGAUUCGUGGCACCAACAGGUGUCGUUGCGUUUUACCAGUACGAUUCUCUUGGCAGUAGCAUUAGUAAUAUAUAAGUAUAAGUAUUGUUUCGUUACGUUUCGUUUUCAUAGAUCGACAUAAGAGGGAUAGUCUAUUUAUUAAACUGUUUUAAAGUUUGUCCAACAAUAAAUACUAAGGAAAGUAUAGUGUCGAGGUGACAUUUUCUAAACAAAAACAACCCCUCCGCGCUGCCGUGUAAAGUAGUAAAAAUUUAGGAAAAUA